AUGUACGAGGAUGACGAUAACGAAGGCCGACGGAGCUCGCACGGCUCCUCACUGAAUCCUACCUCCCCAGUCGAACGCAGGAUGCAAGAUUUUAAUGAAUCCCCACGUCGGAACUCGAUACCUCGAAAAGCGGCACCCGUCGAACGCAGAAUAUCAAAUGGAAAUGUUGUGUUGGGCCCUUCUAAUGCAAGGGCCCACGUAAGUAGACAAAAUUCGUGGGAUAGGCAGUCAAAUGGAUCACCGCAUGCACGCGAGAGGUCACCUUCGGAUACAGCACACGCUCAUUUUCCUCUGAACGAUGUCGACUACGAGUCCAGUCCGGCCGCCGUGGCACAAGAACUCAGCAAUUUACAGGCGCUCAGGCGGAUGUCGAUGAUCUCGAUGGACGGCGGUGCCGCGGGCGAUCCAGAUUUACCCCAUUUGAAUGCGGCAGCUUUGCCACAGGCGCCCUCGGCGACUGCGAGUGAAGAUGAUGCUUCGAGGCUGUUCUGGGUACCCGCCAGACUUCAUCCUGAACUGGCGCCGAAAGAAUUCAAGAGCUUCCUGGAUAGCAAGGCUGAGCAGAUUAAGAGACGAUCUGGUGAACUUUCGCAGUUCACCACCCCUAAUACAUCACGAUCUAAUUCAUCAUCGUCAUUAGGCGUUGACAAUGGUGGAUUGCGCCGCAAAAAGUCCAUGCUCUCACGACAAAUCGACAGCUCGGUGGGAUAUCAAGAUGGAGCAGAGCGGUUAGAACGAAAGAAAUCCCUGUCUCGGCAGACUGGUUCACCCGAUCCCAAUCUGUCGACAUUAGAGGCGUUGGUGUCAGGUGAGCCUAUGAAUCGCUUGAGCCUCGAAAGUCCGAGCCAAGAAUCACAGGAAGAAGAUAUCAUCUUGCCAUCAGUACCUGGAGCCUCGCUCAAAAGGUCCCGAAGGACGAACUAUCGACGGGGCGGAAGUGUCAAGGGAGGUCGCCCAGAGCGAGCGACCUAUGCCCAACGAGCUGCUCGAAGGGUAGCAACUCAUGGCGACAGCCCCAUCACGCCCGCAACGCCCGAAGUACCUCAAAUGCCUACCUUCGCGUCUAACGACGUUUCAAACUUGGCGCAGACUCUCAAGGAUCCCUCAAUACCCCCCUCACCAACAUCUCCUGGCAUAGAUCGAAUCGGAAAUCGACAAGGUGGCGUCUAUAACUUCUCCAGACCACCGACUCUCGGUCGCCAGGGUGCCGCUCAAUCUGUCGAUCCUCCUAAUCAAGCGGCUCCGACAUUCGAUAGCAUUCUUGGAACUCCUUCUCAGCAUCGAUCUAGUUCAGCGAGCACGCCAGACCGGACGGCACAAUCAGUGUCAGGCGCUCCGGCCGAUCGUACAGUGCCGCAAAUAAUAGAAACUCCGGCUCCAGAAGAGCUGGAGAGACCGUCGACAGCGCCCUCGCCUGUGCAAGUACCCGUGCGACACCCUGAACGCUCGUCAUCACGCGAGCAAACCCCUUUUCAGCGGCCCGGUAUGCCGCCUAAGCAGUCAUCUUCGGUCAACGCGGUACCAACACUUCAGCAGCAACAGUCGCAGCCGCCGCCACAGCCUCAACCUACACCAACAGCUCAGCGUUAUAUGUCAAACCAGCAGUACAAUCCUCGCCCACAGAGUCUCGAGCAGCCUUCGCCACUCCCUGGAAACAACACUAACACGACUGACCUUUCCUUCAUUCCUACGUUGACGGUCGACAAGCGCGCAGAUCAUAAGACGAAAGAAGAGGGCAAAAAGUCGGGUUGGGGUUGGUUGCUCGGCAAGGAAGAAAAAGAGAAAGACAAAGCUGAGAAGCCGAAGGCUAAGAUUGUCAAGCCGCCUCAAUCCCACGACAACACCCGCUUAGAUGUGUUGCAAACGUCAAUAGAAGGAAAUAAAGGCCGGGAAAGCGUCGUGCUCGACCGUGAAAGCCUGAAACUUGACGAAGAACGCAAAAAGGAGAGUGCUCGUAAGAGUAGCGGCGAGGGCAAAAAAGAGAAGGAAGGCCUUUUCUCCUCGCUGUUUGGGAAGAAGGGCAAGGCCGAAAAAGAAGCGACCAAGAAAUACAAAGACCGUCUAUCACCGGAGCCAACACUCCGCGAGCUGAAACCCGACAUCGACUACAACUGGACAAGAUUCUCGAUAUUGGAAGAACGCGCGAUCUACCGCAUGGCCCACAUCAAGCUAGCGAAUCCCCGACGAGCAUUGUACUCGCAAGUCCUACUGAGCAACUUCAUGUAUAGCUACCUAGCAAAGGUUCAACAAAUGCAUCCCCAGAUGAAUCUACCGACAAGCGCCAAGCAGCAACGCAAGCAGAAGGAGCAGCAGACGCAGCAACCAGCGCAGCCUGAGGAGUUCACACAGUACCAGCGGUAUCAACAGCAACAACAACCUCAAAACACGCCGGCGCCCGCGACAACGCCCGAGCCGCAGCAGCAACCGCAGGUUUACGCUUACCAGCCGCAGCAAGGCUAUGAAGUAGAUUCCCAGUACGACUACGAUGCAAGUCAACAACAGCGAACGAGUUCCAGAGGAAGCCAUCAGAAGGCGCAUGCGGAGAGCAACGGCUAUGGAGGUAACGCCUACCACCACAACCAGAGCAAUCAGAGUGCAGCAUACCGAAACAAGGGGGAUGACGAUGAUGAAGAUAUGUGGUAG